AUGUCUGACUUAGGAAGAAAAAAUCUAUCUGACAAAGUGACCGAGGGUAUCACUCCAAACUCUCAAAAGAGCGCUUACCAGAAGGCAAAGGAGACAGUCACCGACGAGGUUGAUAAAUUCGCCAGUAAGGCCACUCCAGAUAAAGAAAAAUCGUUUACUCAGACCGCUUCUGACAAAGCCCAAAAGGGAUCUGACGAAGCCAAGAAGUCUGUUGGAGAAAAUAAGGCCGGUAUCAGUGAAACUGCUGGUGAAUACUUGGAAGCUGGUAAGAAGGCUGUUGGUGAAGCUGCCGAGUACAUCUCUGGUGUGGUCAACGGUGCCAAGAAGGGGGGUGAUUCAACCAAAUAA